AUGCAACUUAUAAGAACCGUAGCAAGUCGACGUUAUUUUAGUAUUGUUUCAAUAUUAAGCUCAGGACAUAAUAAAUGGUCGACAAUAAAACAUGAUAAGUUUAAGAACGAUGCCAUAAGGAACAAACAGAUUAAUAAGUAUGUGAACCAAAUAAAUGUUGCCCUGAAGUUGCAGGAAGAAUCGAAGUUACAGGCCAUCAUUGAAAGUGCUAUAAAAGAAAAUGUUCCCAAGAAAGUCAUUGAGAAUGCAUUGAAUAAAUCCAAGCAGACUCUUUCGGGGAAUCUGAACGUGUACGAAGGUAUUGGUCCCGGUGGUGUGAAGCUAAUAAUUGAAGCUCAGACCGACAAUAAGAACAGGACCAUCGGGUUAGUGCGGAACAUUUUUAAUAAGAGAGGGCACAAUUUAGGUCCCUGCCUGUUCGACUUCAAUAGGGUAGGCAAAAUCUGGUUUCAUUGUAGUGAAGAUGAGAAUGCACUUUUGGAGAAGCUGAUAGACAUCGAGGGUUUCCAGGAUAUUAUGAAAGACGAGGACGAUUUUGUAAUAUACUGUGAACCCUCGAGAACUUAUAAGAUAGCAAAAACGUUGCGGGACAAGUACGGGUACGAAUUAAAUAAUACUAAUAUAGAGUACGUGCCUAAAGAUGAAAUGAAGGUUACAUUGAAGGAUGAAGAAACUCAAGAAUCGCUAGGAAAAUUCAUUGACGAAUUGAAGCAAGUGGAAGAUGUUAUAAAAGUUUAUUCUAAUGAGGCCUAA